AACGAUCUCAAACAAAUCGAGUGCAGCAAGUCCCAAAUUCUCAAUUAGAUAGGGAAGUUGAAGAACAAGAGACUGAAACACAACAACCACAGCAAUCUCAUUUGCAACACCCUCAAGCUUCUCAACCCCAAGUAGACCCUAUGCCCUCUCAUCGUUCUCAGGAGGAAAUUGAAGACCAAUUACCCCCACAAAUAGAGUCCUCACAACACAAGAAAACAAGAGGCCCCACUUUUCGUAAAGAUGUGUAUAAAAUGAAUGAUAAUGAGUGUAUUUAUGUAUCUUUUAAUAAGUAUGGUCAACCAGAAGAUGGAAAGUUGUCUCAGUUUAUUGGCACAAUAGCACGUAAUGGAAAUAUUGUACCUAUCGAUGUGGAUAGUUGGAAGAAAGUAUUGAAUACAACUAAAGAUCGUGCUUGGGGUUUUAUCAAGGAUAGGUUUGAUGUUUCAGAUGAUCGUAAAUAAUGGUGUUUAAAGGACCUAAAUGCAAUAUGGAAGUAAUGGAAAUGUAUUCUAUAUCGAGAUUUUUAUAAGCCUGGGGUUCCAAUAGCAGAACAACUUACUCCUCCAAUGGAUCGUGUUGUUAAAGAAUAGUGGGUAAAUUUGUUUCAAAUGUGGCAAUCUGAAAAAUU